AAAUAUAAAACUAAAGAAUUUUGGCUGAAUUUAGACGGAUUAAAGAGGUGAUGUCAGUUGUACUCCAUCCUUAAUGGCCGUCAACCAGUCUUUUGACGAUUUUUAGACUAUGGCAGACUGGUGACGUCCACCAUCCCAGCAAAAAGUAGCAAACGGGCCUUGCACAGAAGAUCCUCGCGGCCACAAUUUUUAAAUUAUCUUUGUUAUAAAUUCAAAUUUCUACGAAAAUAUCAUUGCCUACUAUCAAACACACAUUUAUUUAUGUCAUUAUGCCGAAAAAAACAUGUUCAGAUACCAUAAUGCACUUACAUGCAUCGAUUGUAUCCAUUAAUCUGUAAAUCUAGGACAAAUCUGACAGGUUGUGUACAUGUAUGAAACGGGGUAGAGGAUUUCGAAUAUUUUGGUCGUUAAUAGGCUCGGUUAAAUAACACUAUUAAAAAUGCAACCAUUUCAAUGCGCUGAAUGCUAACGUGUUUGAUGGGUCAAGUUGGGAGAACAUAGCUGAUAUGCCUAUGCAUUACAUUUUUGAUGAAAUAUGUAUUUGAAUGUAUCAAUAAAGCUUAUAAAGGGCGAAGUAGUCACAUUUCAGAGAUUGAGCACAGUUCACGUUCCAUCGUGAUACCGUGCAUUUAGAGCCCAAACAUUGCUUUAGAACUACAUACUACGUUAGUCCACCUAAAUGGCCGAUCGCUCAUUAUUGUAGCUACAUACUACGUAUCAAGUCAAUACAUAUUAAGAAAUUAUUUAAAAAUAACUUUUCUUUAGUUUUAAGGUAUUUUUUGUAACGAUAUAUGGAUAAAUCUGGCGGUGACUUGCCGGGAGUCUAGACAGUGAUUGUGUGUGUCUAUUUGUUUACUACUACAAGGUAGUGAUAUAUUUCCUAAAGUAAUUGACACAUACAUGGAUUGUUUAUAAAUUUAUGUAUGCGUAAUAUAGGUAAAAGAUAAAACGUAAAACUGUGCACAUAAAACAACAACAACAACACAGUCAUUCCUUGAAUGCUACAUAGAGACAGUACAAAACAUGUACAGAUAUAAUAACUUGACAACAAGAGAGAUACACAUUUUGGCAAUUACGUCAAGUUUGCCCGAGCAAGAGCAUCUGCUAAAACAAACAGAACAGCAACGACACAGGUCGCAUUCACAAAUGAUGCAAUUGUUGUCUUUGCAAUUUAUCCUUUGUGGAAUAUCCUCCUUCUUCAUGUCGCAUGUCAUGAGUGCCUGCAAUGACGAGGCGGACCUAGUGAAUGAAUUCUUGAACAGAGAAUGCAAGGGGAAGAGAAGCUGUUGGCUAUUUCUCAGCAUGGAUAAAAGACGAUCUCAGUUGAAGACUACAGGAGUCACUGGACACAAGUCACAGUUUAAAUCACCAUUACAGAAUUCCAAUCAAAACCAGCAGAACUUGAAGGGAGCAGAUGAGAGGAAAGCCGAUCUUAAGAAACAGAUAGAUGAAGCUAACAAACAGAUACAGGAGCUGCUGGAUGAGGGGUACCAGGAGUCUGAGUUACAAACCCACAUUGAGAAGUUACACGAGUACAACGAAAUCAAGGACGUAGGACAGAUGGUUCUUGGAAGACUAGCCGGCAUGCAGGGAGUUACGACGCGCGACUUGUACGAUCAAUACGGGCUAAAUCUCGAAGAUUGAAAAGAGAACAUUGGAGAUAUCGAAAGAAAGGUGUUAACUUUUUAUUGUGUAAACUUUUGCCUUACAAAAGUAAACAACUCGGCUUUUUCGCUACAUGGUUGAAUGAAGUAGAGCGUUAGCCGCCGUUACCAUACUAUGGAAAAAAGAAUGUGCCUGUAGCUUGACACGAUGUAUUCCAGAAUCACUCAUGGCUUAGAGGUGCACGAAGUAGCUUAGCUCAAACAUUAUAAGCAUUUUUUAUCCAAUUUUUACCAAAGUUGGUCACAUUGUUUAUUGCCAUUCAAGCCUUUGAACGUGUUUGAUAACCAGUCUGAUUGCUUUUGUUAGUCCAGAGUUAUGGCCCUUUGAUUGUACAAAAGAUAAAUGAAAUGCUUGGAUUGUUAAAAUAUGGUUUAACUGAGAGUGUCGGACCUCAAUGUUGCCAUGUUACAUGUAUUUGCUAUCAUCAUGAUUUGUUUAUUAUGUUUAUACUUAAAAAUUAAAUCUCAAAAUGUUC